AAUCCCUCAUUUGGACUAAAUAAAUGAUGUAAUUUCUCAAAAAUGAUUUCAUCUCUAAUGACUGUUGAAGUCGUAUUAAACACCUGAAUGAAUGAGAAGUGUCUAAACCAAAUGUCAUUUGCAGUUUCCAACAUUCCAACUACACCGGGCCACAAAUGUGUCCCAGCUCGUGUCAGUGUGUUGACAGGUUGACAGGAGGAAAGUCAAAGCUGAUUUACCCAAAAGAAGAAGUGAUAUACAUGACUCACAGGAAGUAGCUCUAUAAAUGCUGUAUUGCAUUCUGUUAAGAAGCACCAGCACAGAGACAGAAGUGUGAAAAGGACAGAACAGAAGAGAGAGAAACACAAUGGUUGAAUUCAGAUGGAUUAAAAUGUUUCUAAAUCUGAUACUGGUGCUUCAGUGUACAGCGGUAACUGAACAACUUCCCCUCUCCUUCACUGUCAGAGCUGGAGAUGAAGUCACUUUACCUUGUGAAAAUGUGAGAAAUGAUCAGCGUAAAUGUCACAGUAUUAGCUGGAGCUUCAAUCGUUUACCUGGGAGAGCAGCAGCAGAUGUGGUUAAACAAGGGCAGAUUGUUAAAAACUCCAAAGCUGAAUCAGACAGACUGACUGUUGCAGAGAACUGUUCUCUGGUUAUAAAGAAUGUCACAGAGGAGGAUGUUGGUCGUUACCACUGCAUACAGCCUAACAGAUCUGACACUGUUGAUCUGUCUGUUGUUACCAUGACUGAACAGAAGAACAAUAAGAACGUGAUGUUAAACUGCUCUGUGUCAUCGACAUAUGGAGGGUGUGGACACACUGUGAAGUGGCUGUUUCAGGGUAGAGAUGUGGGUGAAGAUAACAAAGACUUGAAGACAUCACAGUUUAACUGCUGGACCAGUGUGACCUUCAUGACUUCUCAUUAUAUUUACACGUCAGAGGAUUAUUAUAAGAUAUUUAAGUGCAACGUGACAGAUGGUCACACUAGAAAAGUGAUCACUUUCAGCCUUCAGUCUCCAGGUGAGAAAACAGUAGGGGUGAACAAAACAGCACCUAGAAGCAACAAUUCCACCACAAAGCCACUACUAGAUUGGUGGUGGUUGUACAUCAUUGUGCCUGUGGGUUUAGCAGCACUCUUUAUAACUGUCGUGGCACUCAUCCAAAGGCGGAGAAAUAAAGGGAACAAAUCACACGAGGAAGAAAACGUGGGACUGAGCCUAAACCCUCCAGCGACUCCGUCUGCUCCAGAAACCAGUCAGGACACGGCUGAUCCUGAAGGUGGUGUUUCCUACGCCUCCAUCAGCUUCACCAAGAAGACCAACAGCAGAGCCCAGGUUCGGGGCGGUGAUGAUGCAGUGACCUACAGCACUGUGAAAGCGCCCUCCUCUUCUGCUGGAUCCUCGGCUAAUCCCAGCGACCUCUACGCCACCGUCAACACACCAAACAAUAGCACAGUAUAGUUACAUUUAAGAUGAUUACAUUCAUUUUACCUGGAUUGUUCAUUAGUUAAAGCAUUCACUCAUUUCACUUUGCUCUAUUGCACUGUAUGAAUUCUUGUUGGGAAAAUGAUCCGCAAUCCAAAUCUUGGAGAGUAUUUUAAGCCUCAUGCUAUAUAACUCAAUAAUUUAUUGUACUUUUUUUUUUUUUUAUACAGGUGCACAACUGCAUUUUAACAUAAGUGUCUUUAACAUAAGUUACUUUUCCUUUCUGUAUUGCUGUAAAAAGCAUUUUAUCCAGAAGGCCAUAAGGGGGCGCUGUACGUUAAGUUACUUCCACAAUGUUUUAGUCCAAUAUUCAUAUGGCUGAUUGCUAUACAAAAAUUAGACAUUUUGCUCAAUAAACUUGCUUUCAGGCACAUUAUUGUGCUGUAAUGUAUAUACAGUUGGGUUGUAGUUCAAGGAUUAAUAGUUAUUUUCAUUUAUUUGUAAGUUUUUUUAAGCAUGUUUAACCUGUAGUUGCAUAUGCAAUAUAAUGAACAUCAUUUCAGCCUGUAAUAUCAAGUAGUCAUCAUUAUUUACAACCACAUUUGGAGCUUUUAUGAAAACUGAUAUUUUGUCUGUA